GCCUAGAGGCCUCUGAAAACGAAAGCAUUACAAAAGGGUUCAACAACGCACGGUUCCCUUCAGCUGCGCCUCCUCCUUCCUCUGGGCUCUGCCUUCCCUAAACCCUUUCCGUUUGUUUCUCCAGAAAAAUUUCUAAAUCAUAACACUUUUUAAUUAUUAUUCUCGUUAUUUUAUAUAAUUUGGUUGUUAUUUUCCAUGGCCUCCUCUAAGAAGCCCCAAAGGUCCCUCGAGGAAAUCGAGGAUAUCAUCCUCCGCAAAAUCAUGCUAGUCUCCCUCACCGACUCCAUAGUUGCUGAUUCUCGAAUUGUCUACUUGGAGAUGACCGCAGCAGAGAUCCUUAGUGAAGGGAAAGACUUGAAGGUGAAUCGCGACUUGGUGGAACGCGUGCUGAUUGAUCGCCUAUCGGGACAAUUCCCAGGAGCUGAGCCUCCGUUCCAGUACCUACUUGGCUGCUAUCGCCGCGCGACGGAAGAGGAGAAGAAAAUUGCUAAUAUGAAGGACAAAAAUAUCAAAUUAGAAUUGGAAUCCUCAAUCAAGCAAGCGAAGAAGUUGUUCGUUUCUUAUUGUAGAAUUCAUUUGGGGAAUCCAGACAUGUUCCCUUUUAAUUCUGAUCCUAAAAAAUCCAAUGUUUCGCCGCUUCUUCCUCUCAUUUUCGCUGACGUAGAUGAGUUUAACAGCGGCGGAACACAGCCGCCGCCUCCGAGGUUUUUGGAAGAUUUGUUUCUGGAAGGGGAUUUUGAUAGCUUGGACCCCAUAUUGAAGGGGCUUUACGAGGAUUUGAGAGGGAAUGUUAUAAAGGUAUCAGUGUUGGGGAAUUUUCAGCAGCCUUUAAGGGCGUUGAAGUUUUUGCUUACUUUUCCCGUGGGAGUUAAGUCCCUUGUGAAUCAUCCGUGGUGGAUUCCCAAAGGGGCUUAUUUGAAUGGAAGAGUUAUCGAAAUGACCAGUAUUUUGGGGCCCUUUUUUCAUGUUAGUGCAUUGCCUGAUCACACCAUUUUCAAGAGCGAGCCGGAUGUUGGACAGCAGUGUUUCUCUGAAGUAUCGACUCGUCGACAAGCUGAUUUGUUAUCUUCAUUCACCACAAUUAAGACUCUUAUGAAUAAUCUAUAUGAUGAUCUAGAAAAGGUUCUCUUCACUUUGCUUAAAAGCAGUGAUACACGUGAGAAUGUUCUUCAAUAUCUUGCUGAGGUGAUCAAUAGAAAUCCAUCGAGAGCCCAUAUACAGGUUGAUCCUAUAUCUUGUGCAAGUUCAGGCAUGUUUGUUAAUCUAAGUGCUGUCAUGCUUAAGCUUUGUGAACCAUUUUUGGAUCUAAAUUUGACAAAAAGGGAUAAGAUUGAUCCAAAAUAUGUGUUUUAUGGUAAUCGUUUGGAUCUAAGGGGGCUGACAGCACUACAUGCAUCAUCAGAAGAAGUUGCUGAGUGGAUUAAUAAAGAUAAUCAUGGGAAAGCAGUUGUUCCUUCUCAUUCUAGUGAUGGUGAAAAUCGCUUGCUUCAAUCUCAUGAAGCCUCCAGUUCUGGUAGUGGUGCUGAUAACCCUACAUCAAGUAGUGGUAAAAAGGCUAAAUACACAUUUAUCUGUGAAUGCUUCUUUAUGACUGCAAGAGUGCUCAACUUGGGUCUCUUAAAAGCAUUUUCGGACUUUAAGCAUCUAGUUCAGGACAUUUCAAGGUGUGAAGACAGUCUCUCGACGCUGAAGGCCAUGCAAGAGCAGUCACCUUCUCCACAACUGCAGCUGGAUAUUGCUCGCCUUGAGAAAGAUUUAGAGUUGUAUUCACAAGAAAAGCUUUGCUAUGAAGCUCAGAUACUAAGGGAUGAAGCACUUAUUCAGCGGGCACUUUCUUUCUACCGGUUAAUCGUGGUUUGGUUGGUUGGUCUGGUUGGUGGAUUUAAAAUGCCUCUGCCACCAACAUGCCCUAUGGAGUUUGCAUCCUUGCCUGAACAUUUUGUGGAUGAUGCCAUGGAAUUGCUUAUAUUUGCUUCCCGGAUUCCAAAAGCUUUGGAUGGGGUCUUGUUGGAUGAUUUUAUGAACUUUAUUAUCAUGUUCAUGGCAAGUCCAACAUACAUUAGAAACCCUUAUCUAAGAGCAAAGAUGGUUGAAGUAUUGAACUGCUGGAUGCCUCGUAGAAGUGGUUCAUCUCCUGCGACUACUCUGUUUGAAGGGCAUCAAUUGUCCCUUGAGUAUCUUGUCAGGAACCUCUUGAAGCUUUAUGUUGACAUUGAGUUUACUGGUUCUCACACCCAGUUUUAUGAUAAGUUCAACAUCCGACAUAAUAUUGCAGAACUUCUUGAAUACCUAUGGGAGGUCCCUAGUCAUCGAAAUUCUUGGAGACAGAUUGCUAAGGAAGAGGAAAAGGGUGUCUAUCUGAAUUUCUUAAACUUCCUGAUCAAUGAUAGCAUCUUUCUUCUUGAUGAAAGUCUGAACAAAAUUCUUGAACUUAAAGAGUUGGAAGCUGAGAUGUCAAACACUACAGAAUGGGAGCGAAGGCCAGCUCAAGAGAGGCAGGAGAGGACCCGUCUUUUCCAUUCCCAAGAGAAUAUCAUUCGGAUUGAUAUGAAAUUGGCAAAUGAAGAUGUGAGCAUGCUAGCAUUUACAUCAGAGCAAAUUACAGCACCUUUUCUACUUCCUGAGAUGGUUGAAAGAGUGGCCAGCAUGCUCAAUUACUUUUUGUUCCAACUUGUGGGUCCCCAAAGAAAAUCUCUAACUCUUAAAGACCCAGAAAAGUAUGAAUUCCGCCCAAAACAGUUGCUUAAACAGAUUGUCCAUGUAUAUGUUCAUCUGGCAAGGGGUGAUACAGAAAACAUAUUUCCAGCUGCUAUCUCUAAGGAUGGUCGAUCAUACAAUGAGCAGUUAUUUAAUGCUGCAGCUAAUGUGCUUAGGAGAAUUGGUGAAGAUGGGAGGGUUAUACAGGAAUUCAUUGAGCUCGGUGUCAAAGCCAAAGUGGCAGCUUCUGAGGCAAUGGACACUGAAGCUGCCCUUGGAGAGAUACCGGAUGAAUUCCUUGAUCCAAUUCAGUACACUUUGAUGAAGGAUCCGGUGAUCUUACCUUCUUCAAGAAUCACAGUAGACAGACCUGUCAUUCAAAGGCAUCUUCUUAGUGACAAUAGUGAUCCAUUCAACCGCUCCCAUCUCACUGCGGACAUGCUGAUUCCAAAUGUUGAGUUGAAGGCAAGAAUUGAGGAAUUCAUUAGAUCCCAAGAAUUAAAAAGGCACGGGGAUGACUUCAGCAUGCAGAGCUCUAAAGCGGCGAUACAAAGAACAACUGGAGACAUGUUAAUUGACUAGGGCAUUAGAGCUUUUAUAGAAGUUUAUUAAAGCUUUUACCUUGGGGCAUCCCAGUUCCGACUUCUAAAUGUCAAAUGUAAAAUGACAAAAUGGUUUCAGACGAAAGCUUUUUGAUUUUUUAGUGCUUGUUAAUUUAUUAUUUACAGCCAAACUGUUGGCCAACUUCACUCGUCACAUUGUGCAAUAGGUUUUACCCGGUUAAUUUGUGAAUCCUCAAAAUUGUCUUCUAUAAAUUUGCUGCAAGUCUCAGAAUCUAUUUCUUGUUCCUUUA